AUGCAGCGCCAAACAGCAGCCGGCUGUUCGUCGGUGCAGGGUGGGGCCGGGCGUGAGGCCACGGGUAUAGAAGGGGCUGAGCCCUGUCUCCAGUUGGAGCAGAGUCAGCUUGUGGGGCCUGGAGCUGAUAACCAGGCAAAGUCCCCACCAGGCUGGUCAGCGAACACCCCGCUCCCCGGCCUGGCCAUGCCUCUGCCCGGCCACCUCCUGCCCACGCUGGUCCUGCUCCUGGGAGCAGUUUCUGGGCCGUGGAACUGGCCUGGGCAAACUGCACCAUGGGCUCUCCCUGCUCCGGGCCACUUGGCUGUCUCUCUGCUGGCAGCAGGGUCCCUGGGCUGGGCCUGGGUCCCCAACCGCUGCAGGGCCCCCCGCGAGGCUGUGUGCAACUUCGUGUGUGACUGCAGAGGCUGUCCCGACGAGGCCCAGUGCGGUUACCACGGGGCCCCGCCCGCCCCCGGCACCCCCUUCUCCUGCGACUUCGAGCAGGACCUCUGCGGCUGGCGGGACAUCAGCACCUCAGGAUACAGCUGGCUCCGAGAGCGGGCAGGGGCUGCGCCCGGGGGUCCGGGGCCGCGCUCAGACCACACUCUGGGCACUGACCUAGGCUGGUAUGCGGCUGUCGGCACACACCGCGGGAAAGAGGCGGCCACAGCAGCCCUGCGGUCCCCCGUCCUGCAUGAGGCAGCCCCGACCUGUGAGCUGAGGCUCUGGUACCACGCGGCCUCUGGAGAUGUGGCAGAGCUGCGGCUGGAGCUGACCCACGGUGCAGAGACACUGACUCUGUGGCAGAGCUCGGGGCCCUGGCGCCCAGGCUGGCAGGAGCUGCUGGUGACCACUGGCCGCAUCCGGGGUGACUUCAGGGUGACCUUCUCUGCCACUCGAAACGCCACCCACAGGGGCGCUGUGGCCUUGGACGACAUGGCCUUCGGGCGCUGUGGCCUGCCCACCCCCCAGGCUCGCUGUCCCCUGGGGCAUCACCAUUGCCAGAACAAGGCCUGCGUGCAGCCCCACCAGCUGUGCGACGGGGAGGACAACUGCGGGGACCGUUCGGAUGAGGACACACCCACCUGCAGCCACCACCUGGCCACGGAUUUUGAGAUGGGCUUGGGCCUGUGGAACCACUCGGAGGGCUGGGCCCGGAACCACAGCACAGGCCGCCCCCAGCACCCUGCCUGGCCGCGCAGGGACCACAGCCGGAACAGCGCUCAGGGCUCCUUCCUGGUAUCCACGGCCGAGCCCAGUGACCCUGCCAUCCUCUCUAGCCCCGAGUUCCAGGCCUCUGCCCCCUACAACUGCUCGCUGGUCUUCUAUCACUAUCUGCAUGGGUCCGAGGCUGGCUGCCUCCAGGUGUUCCUGCAGGCUCGGAGCUCUGGCGCCCCCCAGACCCUCGUCCUGCUGCGGGGGCGCCGCGGAGAGCUGGGGGCCGCCUGGGUUCGAGACCGUGUCGACAUCCAGAGCGGGCGCCCCUUUCGGAUCCUCCUGGCCGCGCAGACGGGGCCCGGGGGCGUCGUGGGCCUGGACGACCUCAUCCUGUCGGACCACUGCAAACCAGCCCUAGAGGGGUCUGGCCCGCCCCCAGGUCCCUGGCCCCAGCCGUCCAGCCUGCAGCCCCGGAAUUUCUGUGAGCCCGGACAUCUCUUUUGCGAGGACCUGUGCGUUCCCCCGGAGCAGCUGUGCGACUUCCAGCAGCAGUGCCUGGGGGGAGAGGACGAGCAGGAGUGCGGCACCACGGACUUUGAGGACCCCUCGGCCGGGGGUUGGGAGGACGCCAGCGUGGGGCGCCUGCAGUGGAUGCGUGUCUCGGCCCAGGCGAGCCGGAUCCCCGGAGCGGACGCUGCCGGGAAUGCUGCUGGACACUUCCUGUCCCUGCAGAGGGCCUGGGGGCAGCUGACAGAGGAGGCCCGGGCUCUCACACCCCUCCUGGGCCCCUCAGGCCCGCGCUGUGAACUCCACUUGGCCUACUAUUUUCAGAGUCAGCCCCAAGGCUUUCUGGAGCUGGUCGUGGUGGAGGGCAGUCGGCGUGAGCUGGUGUGGCAGGCCCCUGUCCACAGCCCCGCGGGCUGGAAGAUGGACACCAUCCUUCUUGGGGCUCGCCACCGGCCCUUCCGGCUGGAGUUUGUUGGGCUGGUAGACUUGGACGGCCCUGGCCAGCAGGGCGCUGGGGUGGACCACGUGACCCUCAAGGACUGCAGCCCCACGGUGGCCACCGAAAAAGACGCAGAGGUCUCCUGUAACUUCGAGCGGGACGCGUGCAGCUGGCACACCGACCACCUCACAGAUGCCCAUUGGCGCCGGGUUGAGAGCCAAGGCCCCAGGUUCGACCACACCACGGGCAGCGGCUACUUCAUGCUCCUAGACCCCACGGAGCCCCCAGCCCAGGGUCCCAGCGCCCACCUGCUGACCCAGCCCCAGGCACCCACAGCCCCUCAGGAGUGCCUCUCCUUCUGGUACCACCUCCACGGGCCCCAGAUCGGGACCCUGCGCCUGGCCAUGAGGAGAGAAGGAGAGGCAGACACUCAUCUGUGGUUGAGGUCUGGCACGCAUGGCAACCACUGGCACGAGGCCUGGGCCACCCUCCACCACCCGCAGGACACCAGCGCCAAGUACCAACUGCUGUUCGAGGGCCUCCGGGACGGGUACCACGGGACCAUGGCAUUGGACGACGUGGCCGUGCGGCCUGGGCCUUGCUCGGCUCCCAAACGCUGCUCCUUCGAGGACUCGGCCUGUGGCUUCUCCACGGGAGGCCAGGGCCUCUGGACACGCCAGACCAACGCCACAGGCCAUACCGCCUGGGGUCCCCACGCCGACCACACCACAGAGACGGCUCAGGGGCACUACAUGGUGGUGGACAUGAGCCCGCAGGCUCUGCCCCGCGGCCACGUGGCUUCCCUGACGUCGGAGGCACACAGGCCCCUGGCCCAGCCUGCCUGCCUGACCUUCUGGUACCACCUGAGCCUGCGCAACCCAGGCACCCUGCGGGUCCACGUGGAGGAGGCCGAGAUGCGGCAGGUGCUCAGCAUCAGCACCCACGGCGGGUUCGCCUGGCGCCUGGGCAGCGUGGACGUGCAGGCCGAGCGGGCCUGGAGGGUGGUGUUUGAGGCCGUGGCCGCGGGCGUGGAGCGCGCCUACAUUGCCCUGGAUGACCUGCUUCUCCAGGACGGGCCCUGCCCUCGGCCAGCUUCCUGUGACUUCGAGGCCGGUCUGUGUGGCUGGCAUCAUCUGCCCUGGCCUGGCCUGGGCGGGUACAGCUGGGACUGGAGCAGCGGAGCCACGCCCUCCCGCUACCGCCAACCCCCUGUGGACCACACCCUGGGCACAGAGAAAGGCCACUUUGCUCUCUUCGAAACGGGUGUGCUGGGCCCGGGGGGCCGAGCGGCCUGGCUGCGCAGCCAGCCACUGCCUGCCACUGAGGUCUCCUGCCUCCGCUUCUGGUACCACAUGGGCUUUCCCGAGCACUUCUACAAGGGCGAGCUGAGGGUGCUCCUGAGCAGCGCGCAGGGCCAGCUGGCUGUGUGGGGCACAGGCGGGCACCUGCGGCACCAGUGGCUGGAAGGCCGGGUGCAAGUGGCCAGCGCUGAGGAGUUCCAGAUCGUGUUUGAAGCCACUCUGGGUGGCCAGCCGGCCCUGGGGCCCAUUGCCCUAGACGACGUUGAGUAUCUGGCCGGGCAGCAUUGCCAGCAGCCUGCACCCAGCCAGGGGGACAGGGCAGUGGCCACAUCGGUGCCAGCCGUGGUUGGUAGUGCCCUCCUCCUCCUUGCGGUGCUGGUGCUGCUCGGACUUGUAGGGCGACGCUGGCUGCAGAAGCGGGCGGGCUGCCCCUCCGGGGGCGAGUCGGAGGCCCCGGCCCCUGGCUUCGACAACAUUCUCUUCAACGCGGAUGGCAUCACCCUGCCAGCGUCAGUUGCCACCGAGCAGUAGACAAUCCAGAGAAGACGCCAGCUGCUCCAGAAGUCCCCGCCCCUCCCCAGGACCCUAGCCCAGCACUACCUGCACCCCCACGCCUGGGUGUGGUCCUCACCCCAACAGAAGCCCUAGCUCACAGGGACACCCCGGCCACUGAGGUCGAAGGCUGCGCGUCCUGCUCCCUGCGUCCCCAGACCCCCCACCUGCCUGCGAGCCAUGCUUGGGGGCACCUCCCACGUGUGUGUGACUCAGGUGACAGGAAACGAGCAGGCCACAAGAGACAGGACCAGGGCCUAGGGGCACCGGGAGGCAGAGGUGGGGCACCCCGAGCCCAUCUGGGGGAUUCUGCAUCCAGAUAAAGCCAGAUAGAAACCCCCACAGGUACAGGCGACAGACGGGAGCAGACACAGGCCCCAGGUGGCCUGGAGCUGGGCUGGUGGGGGUGCCCUGAUGUGUGCAUGGUGCCAGAUAAGGGCCCGCUCUGUCUCCUCGCCACAGUAAGGCUGCUCUGUCCAGUGUCCCGAAUAAAGGUCCCUGUGUGACGUGUCCCAA